AUGUUUCCAUCGAAAUUUUUUAGUAACGACUCAUUGCCAAGCUUGCAAGGUUCUUUAUUGUCAGUAAAUUCUGUGUGCUCGAAUACAUUUUGUCCUCCGACCACACGCAUGGAACUCUAUCCGCGUCGGCGACACACAGAGUUUUACUAUGAGCCCCAACCGAUGGAGGAGUAUCAGAGUCGCGCCUGCGAGCAUCCCCAAGACAAGUUGCAGCAUAAGCCACGCAGCUCCAAGUACGAGUUGGAACCCAUAGCGGAGCAGGCGCCGAAGCUGCGUAUCAACCCCCCAAAAAACUCCGAUAUGCGCAUGUUUCGCAACAGUUAUUUCUCUUGAGGUAGUACACCGCUCUCCUUUCCGUUAACCAUCCCUACUGGAUGGUAUGAUUUGGAAUGCGUGCGUGUCGGCGAGAGGACAGCGAACGAGGAUUGUUUGUGUGGUCUGUGAUGUUUAUGGAGGACUAUUAAAUUUUGAAAAAUAAAACAAAACGCUUUUAUAAUUA